UCUUUCGUUCUUUAUUUUUCUCUCACUCUGUUUUGUCCUCCCAAGAUAUUUACCGCGGUAAAAGUAGAAGUAUCUUGCGGACAAAAGGUACGAUGUACACGCUGUGGUAGCGGUCGACAAGGUAGGCUUUGAUCGGAAAUGGCACAGGCGAACUGUCCCCGAGUGGGUGGCCUUGGCCGUUUUUUGCCGCCGCUGAGUGGACGGUCCGCCCGACUGGGGUUACUGAGGACAAGGACGCCAGAGGGCGAGGCUAAGGGCCAAGGUACCGCAGCUCGGAGACCGGGGGGGGGCUUUCCACCAAGUGGGACGAAGGUGGGUGGGUGGUAG